AUGGCAGCUUCACGCACAACAGAUCCGUUGGAAGACGCAACGUACAGCGCCAUGAGUGUAGGUGAGGUUGAGGCAAUCGGCGCUCGUUGCCAGAUGCCAUUUUGUCGACAACUUGAUUUCUUGCCCUUCAAAUGUGAGAGCUGCAAAGGCAAAUUUUGCCUCGACCACCGAACAGAGUCCUCCCACGAAUGUACACACAAAGGCGAAUGGGCGCGACGGCGAGCUCAAUCGCAACAAACUCCAGCCAGCCGAGCGUACACCCAGUCUCCAAAACCUAACAUUCUAAAUCAUGAACAACAAUGCGCCGACCCCUCCUGCAAAACCCUGAUCAACACGCCCCUGGUAAUAGGCGUGCACUGCGAGAAAUGCAACCGAUCAUAUUGUCUCAAGCACCGCUUGACAUACGAGCACAAUUGCGACAAACUCACACCACUUGGUGCACGACCAGUCGGCCAAACACAACGAGAGAAAGGAUUAGCAGCCUUCGAGAAAUUGAAAGCCUGGGGAGCUGCGAAACGAGCGGCGAUGCCCAAAGCACCGGCUUCAGCAUCCAAGCAAGCUGCUGCUGCACGUGUACAGGCGAGUGCAAACAUGAAAAAGACUGCGAAGGGUGACGAGAAGAUACCAGUGGAGAAGAGGAUAUAUGUGUAUGUAGAGGCGAGCUCGGAGACUAUCACGGCGAAGAUACCAAAGGGAACGUUCUUCUACAGCUCAGAGUUCAAUGUUGGUCGAACACUGGAUCUGGCGGCGAAGAGCUUGCAGGUCAGCAACAUGAAUAAUCGGUCCGAAAGCGCAGAGGAUAAGCUGAGGGUGUUUCAUGUUGAAAGUGGAAGGCUGCUUGGAUUUGGAGAAAAGCUUGCGCAAUGUAUUCAGUCGGGCAACACGAUUGUCCUGCUGAGAGGCGUUGGUGCUGCACAAAACAAGAUGCCGUACUACUCAGUCCACAAGCGCCCGGAUGCAAAGCUCACGGAAGAACAACAGAAGCUCAAGCAGACCCUCGUAGAUUCAGGACAAGAAUGGUCCUCGACCUGGCACAACAUCCUCAUCCUCGAUCCAGCCUACUUCAGCGCGUACUUGCGCCUUCGUAGCGUCCCGCUACUGAAGCGCAAGCUGUCCCCCAAACUCCAGGAACUGGUGCUCCUCGCCUGUGAUGCCUCCUGCACGCACAUGUACGAGCCUGGUAUCAAAGCCCACACCACCAACGCCCUUCGUGCCGGCGCAAGCAAGGAAGAAGUAAUGGAGACACUGGAGCUCACAUCCGUGCUUGGCGUGCACUCGCUGAGCGUAGGCGUUCCACUUCUCCAAGAAGUCAUGGCAGAAAAAGGCCAAAGCUUCAAAAGCGACCUCUCACCCCAACAGCAAAAAGCCAAAGACGACUUCCAGCGGAAACGUGGCUACUGGUCCGAGUCAUGGGACGGCAUCCUACGAGCCUCACCAGAUUUCUUCGAAGCCUACACGCAUUUCAGCUCUGUGCCGUUCCAGCAAGGCACGCAUAAUCAUCUUGAUGCGAAGACGAGGGAGUUGAUAUACUGUGCUAUCGAUUCAGCGACCACGCAUCUGUAUGCGCCGGGGUUGAAGCUGCAUAUUCGGAAUGCUAUUGAGCAUGGAGCGACGCAGGAGGAGAUUGUGGAGGUGUUUGAGCUGGCGGCACUGAUGGGUGUGCAUACUGUGCAGAAGGGGGCGGAUGUGUUAAUGGAGGAACUAAUUGCUAAUCACAAGAAGUGA